GUGAAGUGCAGCGGUGUGGAGUUCCGGGUCACAGCUGGUUAGCGGUGAACGCUGUCUGCCAUUAGCUGCUGCUGCAGAGGAAACAGAGGAAGAGGAAGAGGAAGAAGAAGAAGAAGAGGAAGAGGAAGAAGAUGCAGAACUCUGCUGUGAACAUGCUGGUGUUGUGGUCCGUGCAGCUGCUCGUGGCUCUGACGUGUUUUCAGGACGUGGUGGAAGCGGCCAGCUCGAGAGGGUUCGGAGACAAAAUCCACUGGAGGACACUGGAUGAUGGGAGAAAAGAGGCUGAGGCCAGCGGUCUGCCGCUCAUGGUCCUCGUCCACAAGAGCUGGUGCGGAGCCUGCAAAGCACUGAAGCCCAAAUUUGCUGAGUCCAAGGAAAUCUCUGAACUUGCACACAACUUUGUAAUGAUCAACCUGGAGGAUGAGGAGGAGCCAAAGGACGAAACCUUCAGUCCCGACGGUGGAUACAUUCCACGGAUUCUUUUCCUCGAUCCCAGCGGCAAAGUCCAUCCGGAAAUCACCAACAAGAACGGAAAUCCAAACUACAAGUACUUCUACAGCAGCGCAGAACAAGUUGUGUCCGGUAUGAAGGAGGCGCAGGAGAAGCUGACGGGCGACGCCUUCAAGCUGGGUCACACCGGCGAUGAGCUGUGAGGAGGCGGAGACGGGCAUCAGGCUGUAAGGGCUACACUUCCUCUACCUGAGCCUGAGCUUCCUGUAACACCCCCAACCCCCCCAACAUUGAAUAUUCAUCCUCACCACACCUCAUACAGUGAGUUCAUCUCACUGAGCAAACCAUUUGUUGUAUGGUUUCUUUCUUCUCGAAUCGCCGCUCAUCGGCCCCAUCUUUGUUUUAAAACAUGUUAUCCUUGUAAUGAACACUUAGUUAAAAUGGCAUCUACUGUAACGUUAAUGUCUGUAGAGGAUAUAAACAACUCAAGCUAGCCCAGUUAACUGCAGUGUUUUAUUAACUCUCGUCUGUUGUUGGAUGGAAACGUCACAUCCUCCGUUUGCCAGGUUUCUACCACUGAAGUGAAAUCCCUCGUUUUUUCUCCCGACAGCCAAGAAGUUUAAUCUUUUACUUUUGGAUAAGUUUCAUUAAACACGUCGUAGAAUAUUAUGAAAUCCUUUCAGUUUGAACCAGUUUGAAUGUUUUCACCCAACAGCAGUGCUACAGUAUUCAUACACACCAAGAUAAAUAUUCUAACACCUAAAAGUGAUGUGCUUCCAAAGAUCCUCCUCAGUACGUUGAGUCUUCACCGUGCACUACCCCCCCACAUGCUCUGUACCUCUGAUUUCUGUUCUCCACUCUUUAAAAUACUAACGAUUCAUUUAAUCCUGCAAAUUUAUCUACUUACUUAGCUUAAUCUGCAUAACUUUCUUUGUUUUUCCUGCUUGUGAAGUGACAGUUCUGUAUUUUUUAGACCAGCUUUGUUAAACUCUUUGAAUGAAGGAUGGAAACAUUGGUGAAAUAUCUCAAUGUAUUUUAUACACGUACACGACCAAGUGUGCAAAUAAAGUUUAUUGUAUUGAGUAA